AGUAUUCUUUUGGUACAGUUCUUUUUGCUCCAGUCAACUGAAUCACGUUCCAAGCUGUGAUUUAAGGGAACUUCUGCAGCUGUGCAGUAAAAGGGCAAAAUUGGCAGUGUCUUUAAGUGACGUACUUUCUUGCAGUGAAUUACUUCCUGGCACUAGGGGGGCACUAAAUGCAAGUCCACUCAGCACUUGAUUCGAUGCACUAAAAUGCCUCAGGAAUUUCUGGAAUCAGUCCUGUAUCUCCAAAAACCCAGAAUGUUUUCUUUCUUUUCUGACAAUUGCAAAGACCCAGUAGUUCUACUUUUCCGUACGAUAAGUUUUCAUUCCUCAGUAACCAUCACAAUCGUGCACACAUUACCCACAGUGACUGGAACAACUUGAGUCGUCCUCGCCGAAGAUAGAGAAAAACUUCCACACUGAGCGAACACCGAGGGGGGUCCGGAGGUCCUGCUGUCCUCCUCCGUGACUGGCUGUGUCCGUCGCAGCCUGGAAGGUCAGCGGUACCCAGCGCAGGACAGGGUCACAGGCCCGCAGUGUCUCAGAGCUUGGAGCGGUACUCACCUGGCAUUAGGCUGCGUACCGCAGGCCAGCUCGUGACAGCUAGGCUGUUGAAGCAGGAGGAGCAGGUCGUGCCAAAGUCUGCAGCGGCCUCAAUUCCAGACGCCUGCCUUGAACAAACGACAGUGUACCUAAACUAAAGGAACCUACGAUUUUUCCUCUUUUCCGCCCCGAGCAGCCACCCUUUAGCACUUCCGGCGGUGCACCGGCCAAACGUCGCCAGCCAGCAACUUCCGUUCUUUCAGCUGAAUGCGGAAAACGGAGGCUCGGAACUGCUGCGUGGAGCUUGCGCUUCACUCGGCGGCUUUAAAGGGUUACUCUUUCCUGUUGUGGCCUGCGUGGUGUUGGCUCGUGGGUCUCAGAGACCUGAAAAUUAAGAGCGUUUUUACGCCCCAGGGACCUCUCGUGGCGGCUCUGCGGCCAUCACCAUGCCACAGAACGAAUAUAUUGAAUUACAUCGCAAACGCUAUGGAUACCGUUUGGAUUACCAUGAGAAAAAGAGAAAGAAGGAAAGUCGAGAGGCUCAUGAACGUUCAAAGAAGGCGAAGAAAAUGAUUGGUCUGAAAGCUAAGCUUUACCAUAAACAACGCCACGCUGAGAAAAUACAAAUGAAAAAGACUAUCAAGAUGCAUGAAAAGAGAAACACCAAACAAAAGAAUGAUGAGAAGACUCCACAAGGAGCAGUACCAGCCUAUCUGCUGGACAGAGAAGGACAAUCUCGAGCUAAAGUACUUUCCAAUAUGAUUAAACAGAAACGAAAAGAGAAGGCGGGAAAAUGGGAAGUCCCUCUGCCUAAAGUCCGUGCCCAGGGAGAAACAGAAGUAUUAAAAGUUAUUCGAACAGGAAAGAGAAAGAAGAAG